AUGGCUAGAAGAAAGAAGUUUAGUAAAGGUAAGAACAAGACAUUUGGUGCUCGUGAUGAUUCGAGAGCUCAGAAAAACUGGUCUGAAUUAGUUAAAGAAAACGAAAAAUGGGAAAAAUAUUAUAAAGAUAUAUUAAACUUAUUUCCAGGUACAGAAUGGGAAAGCUUCAAGAAAACAUGUCAAGAACCACUACCCCUAACAUUCAGGGUUACUGGUUCUAGGAAUCAUGCAAAGGAAGUCCUAAACUUAUUCAAAGAAAAACAUUUACCACAUUUAACCGAUGUUGAAUUUGAAGGCGAAAAAUUAAAGGCUCCUAUUGAGCUACCAUGGUAUCCAAAUAAGUUGGCUUGGCAAUUAGAUGUCUCAAAGACUGUAAUUAGAAAAAAUGAACAAUUUGCCAAGACUCAAAGAUUUUUAGUGGUAGAAAAUGCAGUUGGUAAUAUCUCCAGACAAGAAGCUGUCUCCAUGAUUCCACCAAUUGUGCUAGAAGUUGAACCACAACACACUGUUCUUGAUAUGUGUGCUGCACCAGGUUCCAAAACCGCUCAAUUAAUCGAAGCGCUACAUAUGGACACUGAUGAACCAACUGGGUUUGUUGUCGCCAAUGAUGCAGACUCUAGAAGAUCUCAUAUGUUAGUUCAUCAAUUAAAGAGAUUGAACAGUGCUAACUUGAUGGUUGUCAACCACGAUGCCCAGUUUUUUCCAAGAAUCAAAAUAAGUAAUGACUCCGAUAAAAAGAAAGAUUUACUAAAAUUUGAUAGAAUCCUAUGUGAUGUUCCAUGUUCUGGUGACGGUACUAUGAGAAAAAAUGUUAAUGUCUGGAAGGAUUGGAACACACAAAGUGGUUUAGGAUUACAUACUGUACAAUACAACAUCUUGAACAGAGGUCUAAAUUUAUUAAAGAGCGGCGGUAGAUUAGUUUAUUCUACUUGUUCUUUAAACCCUAUCGAAAAUGAAGCUGUUGUUGCACAAGCUCUAAGAACUUGGGGUGACAAAAUUAAACUCGUUAACUGUGGUGAUAAAUUACCUGGUCUUGUUAGAAGCCAAGGAAUUAGUCAAUGGCCCGUUAUUGACAGAAAUAUGACUGAAAAAAAUAAAGGUGAUGAAGGUACUAUUGAAAGUUGGUUUCCUCCUUCUGAAGAAGAAGCCAAAAACUUUCAUCUUGAGAAUUGUAUCAGAGUUUAUCCCCACCAACAAAAUACAGGUGGUUUCUUCAUUACCGUUAUUGAAAAGGUUCAAGAAGAUUCUGAACAAAAUAAGAGAGUUGCAUCGACACCUGAAGUUGAAUCAACUUCUGCUGCUAAGAAACUCAAGACCGAAGAAGCUAGUGUACCAGUUCAACCUCAGAAAAAGGAAAAACUACCUCGUGACGCUAACGAAGAACCAUUUGUCUUCGUGGAUCCAAACCAUGAGGCCAUAAAACCAUGUUGGGAUUUCUAUGGUAUUGAUAAUAAGUUUGACAGAAAUUGUUGUUUGGUCCGUAAUGCUACUGGUGAACCAACAAGAGUUGUCUAUACUGUUUCACCAUCCCUUAAGGACAUCAUUCAGGCCAACGAUGACAGAUUAAAAAUCAUUUAUUCAGGUGUCAAAUUUUUUGUCUCUCAAAGAAGUGACAUAGAAUGUUCUUGGAGAAUUCAAAGUGAAUCUUUGCCAAUUUUAAAGCAUCACAUGAACUCUAGAAGAGUUGUGGAGGCUAACGCAGAAAUGUUGAAGCUACUGUUACUUGAGUCAUUCCCAAACUUUGAGAGCAUUGAGGCUAAACAAGUUGAUAACACUUUUGUACAGGAAAUGAAGAAAUUAAGCUCUGGUUGCGCUUUCAUGCUUGUCUCUAGAGGUGAAACAAAGGAAAGUCUAUUCUUACCUGUAUGGAAGGGUUCUAAGUGUAUCAACUUAAUGGUCGCCAAGGAAGACUCACAUGAAUUGUUGUAUAGAGUGUUCGGUAUCGAAACUACCGCAAAAGAUAAUUCCAAGGUUCAAAAGAGCGAAAAACAAGGAAAAGAAGUAACAGCCUCACCUAGUGAAGCUACCGAGCCAGGAGCAACCGCUGAAAGCUCAGCUUAA